CCCCCUGCCGAUCUGAGUGGACAGCUUUCACGGAUGUCGUCAGUUGCUGGUGCUCAUCAGUGCUGACAAUUGCUUGUUACCGUUGAAUCGCGAUUCUAAACUCAUCAUCAAGAACUCACACGUAGCCCGACGCUCAGCACCCUUGCGAUCAUGACGAUAAGUAUCGGCUCAUCGGCGCAAUGGCGCCAAAUUCUAAGCUCCCAUUCCAUCGUUAUCGUUGACUUCUACGCGGAUUGGUGCGGGCCCUGCAAGAUGAUCGCCCCAACCUUCGAGUCCCUCUCGACGAAGUACUCCAAACCGAACAAGAUCGCCUUCUGCAAGGUCGACGUCGACAACCAGCGCGACGUCGCCCAGCAGUAUGGUGUGCGCGCCAUGCCGACCUUCCUCGUGCUGCGCAACGGCUCGGUCAUCGAGACCAUUCAGGGCGCCAACCCGCCCGCUCUGACGGCUGCCGUCGAGAAGGCCGUCAAACUGGCCGGUCCGGGCGGCGGCGGCGGCGGCGGCGCGACCUUCUCUGGGUCAGGACAGAGACUUGGUGGGAGCGGGGUUGGGCCUAAGACGGUGAGGAGGCCGAUGAGAUGGGCUUUGAAGCCGGUGUUGGAGGCUGUGAUUGCAUUUUUCGGCUUGUAUUUCUGGUCGUUGUUCUCACUUGAUCCGUACAAGUCCGCUGAGAACUCGCCGUUCAACAAGAUCAACCCACCGGCGAGGGUGCAGUCGGGGACAGGGACGAGACUGGCGGCUCGUCCGGGGUUCAAAACCCUGGCCGACUUGGGCAGCUCAUGAUCUAUCCUUGGCUUGGGCGGCUGGGACCUGGUGUCUGGGCGUUUAGGGAUUGGGCUUUGGAUGUUUUAUUUCGUGGGUUUGCAUUAUCUCCAUGUACAUUGAGAGCGGCUUUUCUUCUACAUGAAGCUUUACGAAAUCACGAUACUGCAAAAAUCACUGUUUGACUUA